GCGAGGGCGGAAAGGCUGGGGGAAGGUUCUCGGUCGGGCUCCGGUGGAACGGGGCAGAAUGAGUGACAGCGCCGCUGUGGGAGCCCCGGGGAGAAGAAGGAAGUGAAAAGAGCGAAGGGGAGGGGCCAACUAAAAGGCAGGUGAGAGGGGGCCGGCCUCACCUGACAACGGGCUCGUGCAUCAGCAGCUCCGGUCAGAACUUGGCUGUGUGUGCCGGGUCUUGGCUACCAGGGAGAGCCCGGGCUGGCAGCGACGGAUCAGACCACCCUCUCAAACCCCCUUCCUGUAAUUGUCAGUGCCCCACGCCCGGUUCGUUUGUGCGACUAGCGCGGCCCUGCGCGGCCCGGACAGGCUUAGCGGAGCCCUAGCGGAGCCCGCUGGGGCGGUGUAGCCCUGGCCCCACAGACCCGCGGCUCCAGGUGAGGCGCAGCGCUCCUCCUCCCGCUCCCGCUCCUGCUCUAGCUGCGCAUGACUGAGAGCCGCUCGCAUCCCGACUCACCCAGGGACAGGUGAGUCUUCGCGCUCCCAGAGCGGUUUCCACGAGCGCAUCGGGAAGCGGUGGUCCUGAGCCCCAAAGAUGAAACUCGCAGACUCCCGCCUCGCCUGACCAGCAGGAAGAUUUGAGCUCAAGAGAAUUAAAUCAGAUCUUCACCAUGAAGAAGGUUUUGUUCAUAGAACCUGCCAUUUUCCUUAGUGCAUUUGCGUUGUCUUUGACCAGUCCACUGACAACACAAUAUAUUUAUCAAAGGAUAUGGAAGGAAACAAGCAACUAUAGCUAUAUAGAUAAUAGCAAUAUUUCUGAAUGUGAAGCAAAUAAAAGCAAUCCAAUUUAUGAACUCCAAAAGGAAGUUCAAAAGAAAGCCUCUCUUUUUAGCCUUCAGAUGGACUUAAGUGGUUUGAUUCCUGGCAUUGUGGUUACCUUCAUUCUUUUAUCCAGCAGUGACCAAAAAGGACGCAAAGGGCCUCUUAUUUUGUCUUCUAUAGGUGCUCUUGCAAGCAGCAUUUGGCUUUGUUUGCUCUCAUAUUUAGGCUUACCUAUCCAACUUUUGAUAGCAUCCACCUUAAUCAGUGCAUUUUGUGGUAAUUCAACAACUUUUUUGGGAGGAUGCUUUGCUUACAUAGUUGACCUGUGUAAAGAAGAGAAACAAAAAACUAUACGGAUAGCCAUCAUUGACUUAAUACUUGGACUUGUUACUGGAUUAACAGGACUGUCUUCUGGUUACUUCAUCAAAGAACUCGGUUUCGUGUGGUCAUAUCUUAUUACUUCAUUGGCUUUAGUCGUUAAUUUAAUAUAUAUUGUAUUUUUUCUUGAGGACCCAAUUAGUGUAUCUUCAUCUCGGGAUUCUUCCGUGUCAUGGAGUAAAAAUUUUAAAAGGUUAUUUUUGAGAGCUUAUAUGCUUUUUAAAAAUACUCCUGGCAAACAAAGGACUUUGCUCUGUUUGCUUCUUUUUACAAUGAUUACUUAUUUCUUUGUAGUAAUUGGGUCAUCUCCUAUAUUUAUCCUUUAUGAACUGAAUUCACCUCUCUGCUGGAAUGAAGUCUUCAUAGGAUAUGGCUCAUCCUUAGCAAGCAUAUCUUUCUUGACUAGUUUUCUAGGGAUAUGGAUUUUUUCUUACUGUCUUAAAGAUAUUUACAUGGUCUUCAUUGGAAUUUUUACGACAACGGGAGGAAUGGCAUUGGCAGUUUUUGCCAAAACAACCCUGAUGAUGUUGUUGGUCAGGAUCCCUUUCCUCUUUACCUUCAUGCCUUUGUCUGUUCUUCGGUCCAUGUUAUCAAAAGUGGUUCCUUCUACUGAACAAGUGUUAUAAUGUGUACUAGUUGGGAUGAAGAAGACCGUGCACUUCUUAUAGAAGAAUCCAGGGAAGAUGUCAACUGAACCACUAUGAUUUUUUACUUAUUCAUUGGCAUUGUCGUAUGCUCUACCUCUACACUAAAUGAAGCGUUGGAGCACGUAGUUCUCUACCACACUGUUAACUAACUUGCUGUUCAUUAGAAAAUAAGUCCCUAUCAAUCAGGGACCAUGUUUUCAUUUUGCACUAAUUUUUAUGGGAUGCUAUCUAUACACAUUGAGCACUUAGUAUUAGAGUGAUGCUUACAAUGAUGCUUUAAUACCAGUACAGGGAUGGAAUUUUUCAAUGAGCUGCUGUUGCUGCUUUUUUAAAAAAUAUAUAAAUAUAUAAAAAAGGGAUGUAAAACAUAAGGGCCCAAAGAAGCCACCAAAACCCCAAAUUGUGAAUUCCAAUCCUGUGAUGUCAGUGUUCAUCUCCUGAACAAAAUACAUACCAUCUCUGUACCUUGGGCUUUUCAUCUGUGUUGUUUAUAAGGCAAUACUGGCCUAUCUCUCAGGGAUAUUUAGAUGAAUAAUUAAUGAAAAUACUAAUAUGACAUAGCAGCAUUCAGUACCUGCUAUGAUGUUUUAUACUGAUCUUAACAAAUAUUUACUGAAUUUGUUUCUAUUGGCAGUUACAAUUUGGAACAAAAUCAGCUAAAUGGAGCUAAAAUUAGCUAUGGUUAUGUUAUGGCUAACCCAAAUUUGGUUGUUAAAUCCAAAAUUGACGAGCUUUCUGAGCACUAUGGUAUUUAAAAUUUUUUUCCCAAAAGUAUGUUUUAUUAAUAAUCUUGAUUAUACUUCUAAUUUUGCAUAUAGGGAUGCUUUGAAAAUGGCAAUGUGGGCUUGUAAAAUAAAUUUUUAAAGCAUUUUGAAAAAUAAACUGAAAAAUGUGAAGCAACUUCUUUUGUAUGACUAUAUGCUAUUCUUUUCUCCAACUUACAAAAAAAAUUUGAAAGGUAAAUUAUACAGUAUUAAAGUUUCUUAACAAAUUCAACAUAUUCAGGUUUUACAAAUCACAUCUAUUUUUUAACUUUCUAAAACCUUUCAUCCAUUGCUGCUUAGUGAAAGGACUGCAUUUGGAAUCUUAGCCUGAAGAUCAUGAGAAUGAGGUCUUAAUACCUUUUUGACAGUUUUGAAAUCACCUCACAAGAAAAUCUCAGAUGACUGAAAUGGCUAAACAAGAGUACCUCCACUAUCAAUCCAAGAUCUGAGAAACGUGUCAUCCUCAAACCGUCUCAUACAAUGCACUGUCUUGCCAAAAUUAUUUAAAAUUCACAAAGCUAAGUAUAAUAGAAACAAAUAUUAAUUUUCAACUGAUUUUUUGGGGGUAAGUUUGUAGCAUGUAUACUUCUGUGAUUAUUAAAGCUUGAAACUAAAGAGAUUUUUGGGAUACCUUGAAGAACAACCCAUGGGGAAAGUAAUGUUAAUACAUAUUUCUUUAGUGUUUACUUUGCUGUGUAGGACUUAACACAUAACCACAGAGUGAUUAUUAAAUAACUUAUUAAAUCUAUUUCUAAAAAAAUCUAUUAGGCCACUUGUAUUUUCAUAGUUGUAUGAUAACCACACUGGCUAUAUAUAUGAGAUCUGACAAUAACCAUCCUGGUUUAUGUGUCAUAUAGCAAUAUAUAAUAAUAUAAUUUGCUAGCUUACAUAAACUGAAUUAUUAAUUCCUCAAGAAUAGACUUUUCUAAUUCAUCCUAUGUUCUAGUAGUGCUUAUUUUUCAGAAAGUAGUUAGAUGUUUGCUAGUAAUCAGAGAUGUAACACGGCCAAAACAAUUGGGGCUUUGUCUCAUGUCACCAGAAUUUAGAAGAUGCAAAAAUUGGACAGAUACUCUAUAGCAUUAAAGCCAGUAGUCACUCGUCUUCAUUCCUGCUCAAUAGAAUGUAUUAAUUACUUUUUUGCAUUAUUUUCAGAAUUACAAAGUUGCUUUGAGGGCACUUGUUGAAUUGCUUGCUUUGGGUGCCAACAUUAUUUAUUAAAAUAAAAUAACUUGGGGAA